ACGCGCGCUGACCGACACUCCACUCAUGCCUGCAGUGCAGUGCAGUGCAGAGCAUCCUUUGUCAAUGCCAGUCCCCUGCCCAUUCACACGCCCGCCCGCGUUCCACAACCACAACAAUAUAAUUUCUAAUCGAUUCAACGCAACCACCGGCACCAUCCAUCUCUUGCUUCACUCGCAAGCACAGCAACCACCUUCCAUUCCAUUGCUGUUGCUGGCUCAUCGCCUGCUUCAUCCAUGGACGCAACGGCAACGACGUCUUCUCCUUCGUCCUCCUCUCCCGGCACGAGCUUCCUCAUCCUGUCCGUCUCCAUCGUCGGCAUUCUCGGCACCUCCCUCCUCCUCCUCGCCUACUACCUCUUCCUCACCCGCUGCGGCCUCCUCUUCUUCUGGCGCUGGCGCCCCGACCACCACAUUACUGCUGUCUCCUCCGUCACCGUGCAAGAACCCGAACUAGUGCCGCGCAGCCGCGGCCUCGAGGAGGCGGCCAUACGCCGGAUACCCACCUUCCGGUACCGCAACAAGUGCCCUGAGGUGAAGGCCAGCGACUGCGCCGUGUGCCUGGCCGAGUUCCGCGACGGCGAGAGGCUCCGUCUGCUGCCGCCCUGCCUCCACGCCUUCCACAUCGACUGCAUCGACGCAUGGCUCCAAGCCAGCGCCAACUGCCCGCUCUGUAGGGCAGCCCUCUCCUCAGGCUGCCUGCCUCUCCACCACCUCGUCGUACCAAGCGCCGCCUCCACCUCCGCAGGGCAGGACCGGCGUGGCACCCACGACAUAGUGAUAGAUAUCAUUUCCUCGGCCGCCGUGGACGAAACCGCUGAUGUGCCUCCUGAGACUGCACAACGGAGGAAUGAGCGCAACAAUUGCUGCAGCAGCAGCACCAGCUUGGGUGGAGAUGGGUGCUUCUUGGGCGUGCAGCAGCCGAUGCGGCGGUCGCUGUCCAUGGACUCUUGCAGCGACAAGCGCUUCUACCUCGCUCUGCAGAGGAUCCUGCAGCAGCAGCAGCAGCAGCUGGCCUCGCCGGUUUUCCGAGAAGAAGAAGAGGACGGCAAAGCAGGAGGGGAGAGCAGCACCGCGGGCAGCGGCAGGUCGAGGAGGCUGCGGCGGUCCUUCUUCUCCUUUAGCCAGAGCCGGGGCUCCUGAAGUGCCACUCUGGCUCUUCAACUCUUCAUUAGUGCUCCAUUUCUCCUUUUCUUUUCCCUUGAUCGAUUGGUCCGUUUUGGACUGAACAAGAGUAUACGUAAAUUAUCAGCUGUGAUGUUUAGCAUUUGUAAAUGUUCCUAAAACAACGAUAUUAUUUGAA